AUGUCUAAGAAAAGCAUGGGAAAAGUGAAAGACAUGGUUUACCAGUACUUCGAGAGAGAAUUCAUUCAUUUCUUCAAACACACAGAGAGUCGUGCAUGGAUGAUUUCAUUUGUGUAUCUUGGUGCAGAAAAGCGUGGUAAAGAUGAAAGCCAUGGUUACCCAAUAGCUCCAAGAUGGCCUCUUAUGGGAGUGAACAGGAAGGAUGAAUUGCUUCAUGCUUACAAGCUCAAUUGCUUUUGCUAUAGGGACCUAAAAGCUGCCACCCGAAAAUUCAGUCGUAAGAAUUUUAUCGGCCAGGGUGGUUUUGGUGAUGUUUAUAAGGGAUAUAUCAAUUACUGUACCAUGAGUGCCGCAAAACCUGGUGGUCCUUUUGCUGUCGCGGUCAAGAGGCUAAGAGAAAGAGGAGCACAAGGCCACGACGAAUGGCUGAAGAUGAUACAGAGCUUAACUGGAGCAGAAGAAUCAAAAUCGCGGUUGAGGCGGCCAGAGGAUUAG